UGGAAGAAGCAAAAUCAUAGGAAAAAAAGGCCUUCGGAGCCACCGUUAGUAAUCUCGUAUGGCCAUCUGUGAAGUAUGUCGAUCGAGACGCGUUCAAGUUCGGCCCUUUUUAAAAGGGCUGAACAACUUAAACGCUGGGACGACUCAGAAACAAAUCGCGAACCCAGUUCCCCCGUCAAUAAGUCAAAGAAAAUAAAAUUUUCCCUCGGGUGUGUGUUCCUCGCGGCUUGUGCAGCAGGCGACAAGGAUGAAGUGCUUCGGUUACUCAAACUCGGCGCUGACAUUGACACCGCAAAUGUCGACGGACUGUCCGCUUUGCACCAGGCGUGCAUCGAUGACAAUUUGGAGAUGGUGGAGUUCCUGGUCGAAAACGGGGCCGACAUCAACCGAGGCGACAACGAGGGCUGGACCCCCCUCCACGCCACCGCCUCCUGUGGCUUUAUCAGUAUAGCAAAGUACUUGAUUGAACAUGGUGCAAAUGUAGCAGCUGUAAAUAAUGAUGGGGAUUUACCAUCUGACAUUGCUGAGUCUAGCGAACUGGAAGAACUUCUUGAACAGCACAUUGAAGAUCAAGGCAUUGAUAGAGAUGACGCUCGAGCAGAAGAAAGGCAUUUAAUGUUGGCAGAUGCCGAAAAAUGGCUCAAAAGUGGCAAAAUUAUGGACGAACCGCAUCCUAAGACUGGAGCCACUGCCUUACAUGUUGCUGCUGCCAAAGGAUACUUAGACGUCAUGGUAGUACUAUUAAGAGGGGGUGCUGAUGUGAAUGCUCAAGACUUUGAUGGCUGGACACCACUGCAUGCAGCAGCCCAUUGGUGUCAACAUGAUGCUUGUGAACUUUUAGUGAAAUAUUUCUGUGAUAUUGACCUUAAAAAUUAUGUUGGGCAAACUGCCUUAGAUGUAGCUGACUCUGAAACUGUUAAAUUAUUAGAAGAAUUAAGAAAGAAGCAAUUGUUGAUGCAGCGUGAUAAACAAGACAUCAACAAAUUUAUCAAUAGGCGUUCUGCCACAUCACCAAAAAGAAGGUCUUCAAUCAGCAGGCUUUCCGUUGCCGACAAGACGUCCCUUCUCAAGGACAAGGAUCUGAGUGCGGAGCGACAGACUCUUGACCAGCGUAUAUCAGCCGUUGAAGAGGAGCAACCCGCUGAUAAAGUACCCAAAGUUGAGCUGGAGAUAGAGCCAGAAGAUAGCAGCACCGCUAGUGAAGAUAGUAGAAUUGAAAAUAAAAAUAAAAUUAAUAAAGAACGAAAAUCUAGAAAAUCAUCCUCCCCUGAGCUCAAUAAACCAGUUCCUAAUAAUCCGGCACCAACCUCACCACCCUCCAUUGAGAACGAUGACUCAAAUAUUCCCUCAUGGAGGAGACCUGGAUCUUUCAAAAACAGAGUUAGCGACAGAAAUCUUAAUCUUAAAGUGGGAGAGUCAGAACUGCCUCAGCUUAUAACAGACUCAUGGCAGAAGCGAAACGCUCUAGAAGGGACGCAAGAGGUCUCACUGCGGAGAACUCAGAGUUUCGAGAACGAUGAAAAUUUCCGAAGGCGGUAUUUCGAGCUCCGAGCAAAAAUCAACGCUGGCAACUCAUGUCCGACGCUCCACGGUCAAACGCUUAACUCUUCACUUACAGCUAGGUCUUCAUCCCUUAAGGAAAAACAUUCUCUAAGACGAGGCACAGAUCGGGAAGAUCGCAUACCAAGUAGUCAGCCCUCAAGCGUUACCACAACAAGUCUGCCUACUACGCCAUCGUCUGUUGUAAACACGAGUCCAUCCCAUGCUACGCAGCCAAUCAUGCCCCGCAAUGUAAUUAAGACGAUUACGAGUAGCACUUCUCCGACUACUCCUACUCCCACGUACACGGCUCCAAGCACCCCAACCACACCAGGUGGAACCAAGUUGAGUCCUGGAAAUAUCUUCAAAAAUUUCUUCAAGUCCUUUGUUCCUCCGGUUCGUGAUGAAGAGUCUGAGACUCAAAGGAAGGCGCAUGCAAAGAGGGUGAGGGAAACAAGGCGGUCAACGCAAGGUGUUACCCUAGAAGAAAUCAAAUCAGCUGAGCAGAGGCUGAAAAAACGGCAACAGCAACAGUUGCAUCAGGCAACGCAACAACUUAAUAAUAAUAGUGAUCAGUCGCCUUUGCAAGUGGGAAAUGAUGCAGACUCAGCAGCCAGUACUGUUUGUGCGACGGCAACCAUAACCGGAGCCUCGCCCACGGUUGCCAGCUCCACGGACCGCAGACCUUCAUGGAGACUCAGAGUUGAUAAUGGUUCAAAGUUUAUGUUAGAAGACGCACGGUCAGACCAAGCAACAAAUCAAAGACCCUCUAGUAAUCCAGCAGAAACAACUGCAGAGACUACUGUCACACUGCCUCUCCGAAGACCUAACAAACCUCUAGAAGAUAAAGAACAAGAUAAGGAAAAUGACUGCAGAAAUGCCCAAGCUACGCAAGCCGUUAUUCAGAGACGGAGAAGGCCCAAGCGAAGAUCAACGGGUGUUGUGCAACUAGAUAUGGAUGAAAUUGACCCUGACCGGCAGGAUCGGCAUGCAGGUUGUGUUGGAGGGGACUCAGAUAACUACGCCAAUGAUGAGAGUGGAAGUGAAAGACUAUCUCAAUAUAGCACGACAUCUGGUGGUGGAGACUCCUUAGCGCAGAGUAGAUCAACAGCACCUUCAAAAAUCACUAAUGAAAAUGGUGAACUAGAUUAUAAAAAGUUGUAUGAAGAAUCGCAAGCUGAAAAUGCGUUAAUAAGAGAAAAACUUAGGAAAACCGAAGAAGAACUCAAUCAAAUCAAAUCUCAACCAGACAAAAGUACGUCUGGAAGGAAUACAAUGACUGAACUAGAAAAACGAGAAAGGAGAACGAUGGAACGAAAACUUUCAGAAAUGGAAGAAGAACUUAAGCAAUUUCAAAAACUUAAAGCUGAGAAUGAGAGACUGCGAGCAGAAAACCGAACAUUGACUCGGGUUGUGACUAAACUGACAGCCUCUGCAAAUGCUCUAAAAUAGCAAAUGGAGCUCCUGAAGACCGAGAAUCAAAGAUUAAAGGACGAAAAUGGAGCACUAAUCAGAGUGAUAAGCAAACUGUCGAAGUGAUUCUUGUAAAGGAUCAAUUUGUGGACAAUAUUAAUGCAACUGAAACUCCAGUAUUUUUUACAGUCAUUUAUAAUAGGUUACUGUUAAUUAUUUAUUUUUUAUUUUUCAUCAUAAUUUUUAUUAUCAUCAUUAUUUUUUAAUUAUACUUUUUAAUCACCUGUAAUUGUAAAAUAGUUUCUAUUUUUAUCCUUUUUGUUGCUGUAAAUGUAGGAAAUGCCGUGAUUUUUCCUCUCUUCAGGCGGUAGAAGUUAGAUUGGAGCUUUACGAAUUCAGUCCCUUGUGUUUGUGAAUUUUCUUUUAGUACUCUCUUGUUUUAAAAUAGGGUCAAAACGCUGCAAACUUCUAAUUGCCAGCACAGUUGCCCUUAAUGUCAGUUAAUAUCUCAUGUAAUCGGACUAUGAACAAAUCUGUACA